CCAGGUGUGUUCGUUCUAUAUCGCAUCUGUGGUUUUCUAAAAUGGCGCUAUUGAAAGGCGUUCUGCUGUCCCUUUGCUGUUUCCUCUCCACCAGCGCACAGGACGCCGUGACUGUGAACUGUGGAGAUGACAUGAUCACUGUUGGUGUUGAGCUUAACUUCUUUGGCUUGCCACUGGACCCCAACAGGCUCUCUCUGGGCAGCUGCCCCGUGUCCAGUGUGCAGGAGUCAAACCGCAUAGCCUUCUUCAGCUAUGGGAAACUUGACUGCAGGUUUAUGCGUAUGAUCACUUCCAAUAUCAGUUACAUGAAUAACAUGGUUUAUGAGCCCACGCAAAGAGACGGCUUCUAUCAAACUCCAUUUGUUGCCCCUGUUCUGUGCAUCUACAACAAACCCUCUGCUUGGCUGCCCCCUGUCUUCAGCCCAGCCCUCGGAGAUGCGGCUGGGAUGGGAAAAUUGGAAUUCUCCAUGAAAAUCAUGAAUGAUGAUUUCUCUGCCCCCCGUGUCUCCAACCUCUUCUUUCUGGGGUCCCCCAUUCAAAUCUCUGCCUCUGUGAAUCCGCAGUCCCACAUGCCGCUCAUUCUCUACAUGGAAGAGUGCCUGGCAGCUUCUACAGCUGAGCUGAGCGCUUCAUCACAAACCUACCCCCUCAUCACCAACCACGGAUGCUUUGUAGAUGGCCGGACUGCCAAUUCCAGAUUCCUGCCCAGAAUCCAGACAUCUGAGAUUCGCGUUUCUAUACAAGCAUUCAAAUUCACGCAAGACGACUCAGCCGUGUUUAUACACUGUCAGAUUCUAGCUUGGGACCCAGCUCAGCUUCAGGACCCCACAAAGAAAGCUUGUUCCUUCAACAUGCAGACCAAAAACUGGGAGCUGCUGGAUAACCCUGACCAAAGCACAUCGGUGUGUGGCUGCUGCAAUUCAGUGUGCACCGCGAGGAGGAGGAGAGACACGGAUGAUGGACUGAGACGCACUGCUGUGCUGGGACCUCUGAGGAUAGCUUCCAGAGAGCAGUCUACUAACUGUGAUGAUCCCCUGGACCAGGAUGAGGACCUGAGCCUGGCUCUGCUGCUCAUUGUCGCCACCCUGCUGGUGAUGGCUGUGCUGGGGGCUCUGUCUCUGGGGUACUACUUCUGUGUGUGGAAAAGUGGAAGAGCCGGCCCCAAGACCAACUACGACCUGCUCGUCUCUCCACAGAAAUCCUGACUGUUGUAAUGUGAAGAAAUAAAUAUUUCAAAGCUCA